AUUUAGAAAGUUGCAGUGUGGAUAGUCCUACCCCAUUUGCAUUGCAGAAGGCGUCUCUCCAGCAUCCAGGGAAUUAACUGUGCACACUGUUACCCUGGCAAGCGGCCAGUGCUGGAGAUGAAAGGGUGAAGGCUUGCCACUUAGCUAGCAUGAUGGCAGGAGGGGAGGAGCCUCCAAGGCUCAGUUCUGAAAUCAUCCACUAUAGACCCAUUUGAAAACUACCUAAGGCUCUUAAGGCAUUAUGAAAAACUUCUAUUUCAGAGUUAUUACCAUAGUUAUAGGUGUUUUCUUUACUGGAACAAGAGAAAAUCCAUCAAGAAAAAGCAGUAUUUUAUUCAAUUCAGAGUACCAAAGUAAUAAAUAUCUCCUAACAAAUUGUUCUACUGGAAAGCAUGAGCUACCCAUGGACUCAUCACAGACAGCAGCCACAGUGAACGUAAGCUUCAGUUUCUUUAGAGUUCUCUUACAGUCUCACACGAUAAAAGAAGAAUGGAAAAUAAAACAUCUGGACCUCCCUGAUUCUCUCAUAUGGAAAAUGACCUUGAGCCCUCUCACACAUUUACAUGCUUUGGAAAUACUCAACCUGAGCAACAGUGCCAUCCACUCCAUCUCGUUGGAUCUAUCCAGUCCUCACUCCUCACCAAAAAAACACCAGAGAAGCAGCUUCCAAAAUGAACUUCUCUUUCUAAAGGUGCUAAUUCUUCAAAGAAAUAAACUCACUGACACUCCCAAGGGACUAUGGAAACUGAAGUCAUUGCAGAGUUUGGAUCUGUCAUUCAAUGGGAUAUUGCAGAUUGGGCUGUCUGAUUUUCAUAACUGCCUGCAACUGGAGAACCUUUAUUUAAAAAGCAACAAAAUAUUCAAAAUUCACCCAGAAGCUUUCAAGGACCUCAAAAAAUUACAGGUUGUAGACCUCAGCAACAAUGCUCUGACCACUGUCCUACCAAUGAUGAUCAUUGCUCUAGAAUUUCCCCAUCUGGAGGUUGACUUGACAGAUAAUCAAUGGCAGUGUGAUGAUAGAGUGACAUUCUUCCAAAGUUUCAUUUCUGAAUCCUGGAGGAGAAAGUGGAAUAUACUUUGCAAUAAGUCUGUAGGGAAUGAGAAAGCACAUUUGGAGAUUCCCAAAAGCAGAAUUUCCAGGGAGAUUCACCUUCCUCCCAUUGAUCUGAACCACAUGAAAAGCCUCAUAAGGAACAAAGCAGCGAGGCCCCAGGGAGGAGCGUCUGUGCGCUUUUCCACUCUGAGGAAGGAGGCCCACACCGGCUCUGAUCUCAGGGAGAUGCAGGGACAGCUGCCAAGAGUGGGCAGAAAUGGCGGGGAUGUUCAAGCUGCUGGCAGAAAGGAGGACGCUUCCCAGGACCUUGUCCUGGCCAUCUGCCUAUCUGUGUUCAUCACAUUCUUUGUGGCUUUCUGCCUGGGGGCUUUUACAAGACCUUAUGUUGACAGACUGUGGCAACAAAGAUGCUGGCACAAAAGCCCCGGUUCAGAUAAUGCCUAUUCAAAUGAGGGCUUCUAUGAUGAAAUCGAAGCUGCAGGGAGCACACAGCAUCCAAGGACCGAUCUGCACCAAGCUUUGCAUGUUCCAAAACUCUGUGAGAACCAGCACUUUUUUUUGGUGACAGAGCCAAGUCCACGUGCCACUGUCAUUCCUGACAGAACUCUGGGAAGCAGCAGAAAGGAACCUGGCAGUCUGCAGAGCACAGAACAAUGCAGGGCCAACACUGGGGCAGCAAGUAGAAAUGAUAACAUGUUUCCAAACAGCAGUGCAACCCAUUUCACUCUGUGCAGACAUCCAAACGCUCAUAAUGAUGAACUAAUUUCAGCAGCACAUGACCACAUCUAUAGGAAUGAUAUUCUCGGGGAAUUAAAUUAUGAAACUGUGGCCCAGGAAUAUUCUCCCAGUGAGCAUUCAAUGGGUGGCUCUGCCAUAGCUGGCACAUUAAGGACUUUCUCUGGCUCAACCCAUAAUCAUUUGAAUGAAUUAGACCCGUCACUCCCCAGAGAAGUGACAGCUUCUGAAUCCAAAAUGCUAACACAUGCAAAUGCACAGAGGACUGGAGAGAGUAAGGAAAUAAGGGUCCCUGAACAGUCACCUUUGGAAACUUCGGGUUUGCAAAUAGAAUUUUCUAAGGAAAUGCAAGUGAGCAAUUUCAUCAGCUUGCUGAGUGCACAGCAGCCAGGGAGCCAGGGGGCCAAAGCUGAGGAAGAGCAUUCAGAAAUCUACAGUGCAAGCACUUGUAUCGACCCAAGAGAUGCAGACCUGUCAGCCCUCAUGCCAAGAUGGGCUAGUGACCUCAGUGUCACUCCUGCUAAUGAGAAGCCAGUGCCCAAAAGUACACCGUUUGACACUCAGUAUGACUUGGAGACUGACUACGAUUCCGAUGAAGGAUCUUUGUUCACCCUCAGUUCAGAGGGUUCAGAGGUGAUAAGGGACAUGACUGAAGAAGAGCAGCACGGUGAGGAGAGCAGUGGGGCCACCAAGCCCCUGCAAGUUGAGAGUCCAGGGAUGCACAAGGACAGUGUGAUGUUAGUGGAAAGUCUUCAGGACAACAUCACCUUCCAAAAUAUUCUGGGGAAAUAUGAAACUCGGGAAGAUAAUUUUGAAAAUUCUCCCAUUUCUGGAUCAGACUCUGGUUUGCACAAGACUUCUUUGGAAAGUGCCUCUAACAUCAACAUAUCUGAGGAUCCAUUAACCUGGCCCAGAUCCCUGGGUAACAGUCCUUCAAGAGCUGAGAUUCCGGACAUGUCCGCUUAUGAUUAUGACAUAGCUCUGCAGGAGACCCCAGAAUGGCAUUACUCACUUAGAGACCUAGAAUUUUCAAACAUGGACAUUUUACCACAAACACCUCCACAUUCUGCUGAAGAUCUCUCAGAUACUGUUGAGAGAGCCUGCCAUGAAAAAGAUCUAGACACUUGUAGAUAUGAGCCUUUCGUUCAAGGAAUAGACACAGCUCAAAAAGAUUUUGCUCUCAAGAUUUCUACAGUAGAAAACUUAAAACUCUCACAACAAGAUUCCCAAGGGGGAGACCAGGAUUCCAACCAAAUGGACACUGAUGCAAAUAAGGGGCUUUAUGUCCAUUUGAGGACACAAAAUCCAGAAAAUUCAUAAGCUGAAUGUAGGUGUUACAAUCCUAUGGUGAUAAGCUGGCUCUUAAGUGUGAAACGGGAGAAUAUUUUGGAGAUAGUUCCAAGAACUAAGCACUAUCAUUACAAGAGCUUCCAAAUAAACCCAGUUCACUAAGAGCAUAAGAGCAUUUCAGUGAUAGAGACCAGGGUAAAUAUUCAGAGGAGAAUCCAUAGAAAAGAUGAUUACAAGGUCUGUGCUCGGACGCAGACCCAGAGCAACCUGAUGAGAGUUGGCUGUGUAUGUGAACAGCCCCAUUGUGACAAAGACAAGGAUGUUCAACCUGGUAAUUACAGGGGAUUCAAGUGACAUUUUAGUCCACAAUGAAGCACUUACAUGGAAAUGUUGAAGAGAUUUUUAAUGAAUUCUCCACAGAGACUAGCACAGCUUUUUGAAGACUGAUCAUGAAACCAUAAGAUUGGAAGGGUUUAGAACAAUUUAAAUAUUUUUAAUAAGUUACAGAGAGACCAUUUUAUACAACAAAAUGUUAAUUAAAAUUCAAUUUUCAAGAGAAAAAGUAAUGUUUUCCGUAAAAGAAACACCAUUGUCCUUGAUGAGCCUUCUUGGUGUGACUCUCCAGCUUGGUCUCUCAUGAGCUGUUCUGUUUAUUCUUCAGCUUCUCUGACAUUUUCUCAGUUUCCUUCUUGACUCUCCUUCUUUGCUUGCCCCCUUAAAGGCAGUAUUCCUCCAGGAUUUUUCCCUAGUCUUUCCUUAAGACCCCUUUACCAGUACCAGGGAAUGGUGAAGAAACAAUACUAUAAAUCUGAGUUGGGCCAAAACAGGUUUUGCAAGGACUGAUGGAAAGUUCUUGCAAAUGUGGAACCUACUGCUUCACAAUCAGCUUGAUAUAGAUGAUGCCAGAUCUGCACAACAAGGCCCAGUCUCCCUGUUACGUUCCAUACUCACAUCCUUAAACCCACUUGCUCAAUCCAUGUGAAUUAUCCAGCACCUAAAAUUCAUCCUUUUCCUUCACAGACAGCACAUCCUAUAUUGUCUUUCUUGAUUAACAAUAGCAUGGCAUCCUCCAAGUAAAUCCAGUUAGUUACAACUUCUGACUUAGUUCUGACUCAUUCUCUUUUAUUUCCUACAUCUGAGUAGCCUGUAAGCCAAGUACAUUGGAAGUUCCUGGAUGGCUACAAGAUAAGGAGAUAGGUAUGGCAACCUGGAUGGAUGCUUGGCAAUUUGGCUAAAUCAAGGUUUAUGAAAAAGAUGGAAAUUGAUAGAGUGUGGGAAAGAACAGAAAGAUUAAGAAAGUCCCUUAAUCUACCUCAUGUUAGAAUCCUGUGGGAUCCAUCUCCUCAAUAACUCUUAAACUUGUUCUGUCUACUCUCAGUCUCCAAAUAAGGUGCAUCUCUUGCCUAUCACCUAGAUUAUUGUGAUCUUUAAUACUUCUCUGUGCCCCACUCAUCUCCUAACAGUCUUAUAUCCAGUUUACUACUCCCCUGCUCAAAAACCUCUGAUGGAUGCUGUUAUCUUUAUAAAAACCAAAUUCCAUAAUAUGGACACAUCCCACCUUUCCAAUUGCCUCACUGUACAUUCUAUUCUUGUUUAUAUCAUUUACGACAAUUAUUUAUCUCAGCAAACUCCUGAGACCCUUACUGGAUUCCUGAUUAAUUUCUUUCCCACUCAUAAUUACUAUUUUAAAACUUUGACUAUCCUUGAUGUUUCACUGAGAAAAUUUGGAAAUCUGGACUGUGAGGAAGAAAUUCCUUUCUUUUACCCCAUAGCUGUAAACAUGUUUAUAUCCAUAUUUACCCUCAUUAUUUUUCUCCAAUCUAAGAAUAAAUCAGUAUUCUUUGGUCAAGGAUAAUCCCUCCAGUCUGCUUUUGCUUCAGUCCUGGGUAUAGAUCCUUCAUUCACAUUUCCCAUUUCUGCAUGCCCAAGCUCUCCAUAUCUAUUGGAUGUUUCUUGAUGUUUCAUGUUCAAGUCCUCUCAACAUUAAAAUUAAAGAAAAGAACACCUAGUAGCUUCCUCAAAAUACUGCCUUCUCUCUGUCAUAGCUAAGUUCUUCAAAGGAAUGGUCAAAGGACUGUCCAUUGACUUUUCGGCAUGCUGUGGUCAAGCUUCAUCCUCCCUCUAACCUGUGCCAUUAAAAGUCAAAAGCAACUUUCAACUGACACAUGCAACGGACUCUUCACUCUUCAUCAAGUAAAACCUCUGCAGCACUUGACCCUUGGCCACUCCCACCUGGAAACGUUGGGUUAGUCAACUUCCCACUGCUGUGACACAAGAACUGAGACAAAUCAACUUAAAGGAGGAAAUGUUUAUUUUGGCUCAUGUUUUCAGAGGUUUCAGUCCAGUUUACUUUGGGGCCUACAAAGAGGUGAAACAUCAGAGCAGUGGGAGCAUGUGGUGGAGGAGGCUGCUCCCCUCAUGGUGGCCAGGAAUCAGACGAGAGCUAACUAUACUGCAAAGCCCUUUGACAAAACCCACUAACCUACGAAACCAUUGUUGAGGUUGGAGCCCUCAUGAUACAAACACCUCCCGAAAUUCCCACCUCUGAACACUGCUGCACUGGGGACCAAGCCUUCCACACAUGAGCUUUGGGGGAGAGAUUUAGGAUCCUGUGCCUUUUGUGAUAUCGUUCAGUAAAGGUGAGGAUCCCAGAAGGACAGAGAUUGCAAGAAACAGGGAUGACUGAAGACACCUUCAUGAAGAACCAUUUGCAAAGACCCAGGCAGGGUUAAAGGAAACUAACAAGGGAAGAUGAAGGAUGUGAGGGCUAGCAAGAGGGGAGAGGCUUUACCAACCUCAGGCCUAAAAGACUGGGGAGUUGCCAGUUUGCCCGACAGUCCAGCAGGAACAAGCCAGGGAACCCGGACCCUCAGCCUCUCCAUCUUCCAGUCUCCUCACAGCGCCUCCCAGUGCCUCCCAGUGCCUGACCUCCAGAAGCUAGAGUGGUCAGCCUUCCCAGCCACAGAGCAGGAUGGAGAAGGGUAGAAAGUAGGUUUUGGAGAAUAUCCACCCCACACUGGCUCCUAAUUCUGCUCCUCUGAUUGUUCUUUCUCAAGCUCCUUUUCCAGCUUCUCUUUCUAUGCUCACCUCUUAAAUAUGCAGGUUUUCUAGGGUUUGGGCCUUGACUAUCCUGUCUUCUCACUCACCUCACUUUCCUUGUGAGAGCUAUCAAUCCUCAUGUCUUCAACUACCACUUAAUGGCUAAUAUUUCCUAUUUCUGUAACUCCAGCUUUGAAAUCUUUCCAGAACUUUACACUCACAUCCAAUUGUCUAUUGGACAUCUGCAUAGGCACUUCAAGCUAAGCAUAUCUAAAAUGAAACCCAGUAUCUCCCCCUAAUCCUCUACCCACCAAAUCUAAUACUUCAUGUGUGUGAUGUGAUUACACAUAAUUACCUUCACAUGGGAGAGCUUAUCACAAGUAAAAUGAUUAUUUUAUUGGUUAUUAGUUUAACAUAUGCCCAUUCUAUACAGAAAAUACCAACAACAACAAAGAUGUCUGUCUGCCCAAGGUCUGGCAUUUAGUAGGUCUCAAUAUAUGCAUUUAUUGAAUAGAUAAGGAAAGAGCAAACUUGUUAGUACAGGACAAGGACAUCCAUGGUCUGUUUACCCUCCAGCUUGCCUUUCAUUGUAUCCUUCCCCAUUCCUGGUACCCAAAAUUCAAGCCAACUGUACCAACCUGCUCACAGUUACAGACACGCCCGCCUGCAUCACUUAACUCUGCCUGGGCCCUCGAUGCUGCCUACUUUUUUAGGUUGCACAUCUGAUGUCACCACAAUGAGCUGGCAAGCUUCUUCUCUUCAUUCAAGGCUCUAUUUAAGUGUCACCUCCUCCGAAGCCUGGCUCACUUCCUUCCAACUCACGUAGAACUAGCUCUCCCUCGCUCCCUUAGGCCUCCACUGCACUGUUCUGCACUGUAGGAGAAAUGAGGUUUCACAUAGCUUGAUAGAGACCUACUGGACUCUUCUGUUGACAAAAUUCCAACUAUUUAGUGAUUUUCAGUCCCAUCAUGCAGUCUGUGAAGUUAAAGGUCAUCUCAGUGCUGGCAGGUAUUUCAUAAAGUAAAAAAAUAAAUAAAAAUUUUAAAAAAUUAUAUUCCAGAAACAGAAAAAAAAAGUAUGCACAGCUUUGAAUAUUUUUGUUUGCUUUCUUAUUUUUGUUCAGACUUCCCAAAAGAGUUCUGGUAGUGUGGCAUAAACAUCAUAAGCUUUUUAGUUAAACAGCUCUAUUUCUUAGCAAGCCCCUUGUUUUCUGUAAAAAAUAAAACUUUUGGGCUGGGAUUGUGGCUCAGCAGUAGAGUGCUCGCCUAGCACGGGUGGGACCCAGGUUCGAUCCUCAGCACCACAUAAAAAUAAAGGCAUUUUGUUGUGUCCAUCUACACCUAAAAAUAAAUAUUAAAAAAGGAAUGUUUUUAAAAAUAUAUUUUUUUGUACCAGGGAUUGAACCCAGAGGUGCAUUACCAUUGACCCACAUCCCCAACCCUUUUUUAUAUUUUGUUAGAGACAAGGUCUUGCUGAGUUGCUUAGGGCCUCACUAAGUUGCUGAUGCUGGCCUUGAACUUGCAAUCCUCCUGCCUCAGCCUCCCAAGUCACUGGGAUUACAGUCAUGCGCCACCCCCUCCCAUAAAAAUAAUUUCUAAACUUCUCAGCUUAGCUUGAUAUAAGAUUUGAGGCCUGCCCUGUAUCAGAUUUCCAAAAUUGCUAGGGAUCUGCCACCAAAUAGCCUCAAACUUUAAGCUGCUCAAGUUAUACUGAGUCCCUAUUCCCCAGUUUUGCCUUUGUUUUAGUUUCACUUAUUCUAAUUAUGUUUCUAGUUCUAGUCUUACUUCAAUGGCUUUAAAUCACAUCUUACUGUUUAUUUCAAUAACCUUCUUUGCAUUUCUUUGGCAGAGUAACUCUUAAAUUUUCAUCAGCCUAACAAUUCCUUAUCAUGAUAUUGUAACCUAAAAAACAUUUUUUAAAUCUCUGAUAUAAGUUAUCUUCAUGUGUUUCUAAAGCCAUUAAAUAAAUAUUGGAUCAAUACUUACCUAACCCAAAGCAUGAAAUUUUAAUCCUCUCCUUGAAGAGUAGCAGGUCCUAUAAAUGAUUUGUCAUUAUUUAAUGCUGCAUCCUAGAAAUCCUUCAGCUUCAAUAAGGUCAUGUUGGGAUCAGAAGGACAGAACUUUCCUCCCCGUCCAAGGUGUGAGGCUGGUCUUUUGUCUCUCCUGAAGAAAGUUUUGUCCAGUUCUUUUCCAGGACCAUGCAGGGCAAAAGGGAGAAUCAAGAGAGUAACCAGGAGUACACAGGAAUAAUUCUUAGAACUACCAGCAGAAGAAAAUAAAUGCAGUCAAGCGGAUGUCCACUUGCUUACAAUCUAUUUGAAAUAUGAAAGCCACUCUCUCAAGGCUGCAACUUUUGUUUGAAGUACUUUGAGAUCCAAGGGAAAUGGAGGUAGGAGGGAUGGAAGCAGUUAUUCCUAUGUGUGCCAAGUUUUGAUGGAGGUCUGUAGUGCUUUAUACUAGAUUAAUCAGCCAUCAAGAAAACAUGAGUGACAAGCUGCAGGCUUACCACAGGAGGUCUGGUCAGCCUGCCCACUGAUUCAAGGGGAGAGAGGCCCAUCUUUUUGCUGCCUGAAUACAUCAUAUCUUUUGCACUUGAAGGCAAGACUGUCUAGCUCUCUGAAUCUAGUUUCUGCACAAACGUAUCCAGUUCACUUUUUUCAAACUCCCACCUUAAUAUUUCAUUAAACUCUAGGAGACAUGGGCAAAGGAUGUGUGACUAAAUUCUCAGACUCUCUCCAUAAUUUGGUAUAUAAUGAAUGUACCUCUGAAACUACAGAGAAGGUAAGGACAUUCCAAACCUCGGCAUGAAAUUUUUUCAGUCUUUGGUUGACAUAUAUUUCAUCUGCCUGUGUGUGUGUGUGUGUGUGUGAGCGCGUGCGCGCAUGUACUCCUGAAGCAAUUCAUAGAAUUAUGCAGGAAUAACAUCUUUGCUCAUUUGAAUAUAUACAACACUCACUUGCUAUUUGAAAAGAAAAUUCUCAUUACUUUUCUUUGGCUAUCAUUACCGAUUCUGGCUUUUCACAACUGAACAUAAUUUCAAGUAGCCAUAAUUUUUAAUUUUAUUUCUUGAUGGCCAAAUUAUCACAGCUGGACCAAUGGGAUCCCCUCUCAGCUGGCUUCUGUGUGUUAAUCCAGAAUUUCUAAAUUACCAUUGCUUUUUGACAAUAAAUGUUCCAAGACGGUCUAUAAUAUUAUCCCAUGAUUGGAAAUGAGAUUAUAUCCAAGGACCCUGCUUUCUUUUAGUGGAAAAUAAAUUGUUCAGGUUUUUGUUUA